UCUGCAAAAGAUCACUGUUUCGAUUCACAGUGUCAACUUUCUUUUCUUCUCACUCUUUUUCUCCUUUCUAACGGCGCUAGAAUCUAACUCAGGUUUUUGCUACUUCUGCGUAUUAGCCCAAGAUGACUCGUUCUAAAGCCAAGUCGAUGAAACAGCGUGGCGUCGACUUCAAGAAAAUAAGACGAAAGGUUGGGAGGAAGCUGCCGCCGCCUAAGAAUACAACAAAUACCGAAAUCAAAUCUAAAGCAAUUGUUCUGCCGGAGCAGAGUGUAGCAGCAGAGAAGGGGGGUUUAGCUGUAAACAAGAAAGGUUUGACUUUAAAAGAACUUCUUCAGCAAACAUCUCAUCACAAUGCAAAAGUUCGUAGAGAUGCAUUGAUCGGUAUUAAGGAUUUAUUCAUCAAAAAUCCAGCAGAACUGACGUUGCACAAGUAUGCUGCUGUAGAAAAAGUUCGUGAGCGCAUUAGUGAUGAUGAUAAAGUGGUUCGAAAAUCAUUGUAUGAUCUUUUGAAAUUGGUGAUUUUCCCUGGCUGUAAAGAGGGUACUCAGCAGCAGAUCGUUUCUUUAUUGAUGGCUUACAUUUUUCAUGCAAUGACACAUCUUGCGUUUGACGUUCGGAUCAUGUCAUUUGAUUUCUUAAGCCUUGUUAUCGAGUUUCAUCCUCCUUCCUUUUCCACGUAUGCAGAAAAGAUUUUUCAGAAUUAUGAGGAUAUUCUAAAGAAUAACCAGUACUAU